CCACGCCCACUUGGGCCCCGUUAAAGUAAACAGAGGGGCGUGGUCAGGUGGGUCGCGCUCUCCCCGAGGCCACGCCCAUCGCCCCCCUCUUAAAGCGGCCGCGCCCUCAGCGAUAUCGCGGGACCGGAACCGUUACGCAGCGUCACCGGGGCCGUUGCCCGGUGCCCGCCCCAGCCGCGCUUUCCCGUCCCGCUGCCGCCGCCGCGAUGCUGCUGCUCCGCGCCAUGGCCGGCCGCAGGCUCCCGCCGCUGAUGCAGCUGCCCCGGGGCUGCUCCCGGUUGGCCGCCGGUAGCGCGGCCCCCGGGGGACACCGGGAAGCGACCCCGGAGGGACAGCGGGAAGCGACCCCGGGGGGAUACCGGGAAGGGACCCCGGGAGGACACCGAGGGGCGGCCCCGGUGCUGGCGGCGCUGCUCGGGCUCGGGGUCGUCCUGGCUUACGGAGAGCGGCGGCGGAGGAUCGCCCAGGCCGCCCGGGCCACCCCCGCCCCGCAGUUCCCCCGUUACACGCGGGCGGAGGUGGCGCAGCACCGCACCCCGAAGGAGCGCGUGUGGGUCACCUACGGCACCGAGGUGUUCGACGUUACCGAUUUCGUGGAGCUGCACCCGGGGGGACCGGACAAGAUCCUGCUGGCGGCCGGGGGGGCCCUGGAGCCCUUCUGGGCUCUCUACGCCGUGCACGGCCAGCCCCACGUGCUGGAGCUGCUCCGCGACUACAAAGUGGGCGAGCUGAGCCCCGAGGACGCCGCGCCGCCACCGGGGGACACCGAGGACCCGUUCGCCGGGGACCCCCCGCGCCACCCGGCGCUGCGGGUGAACAGCUUGAAGCCUUUUAACGCCGAGCCGCCACCGGAGCUGCUGACCCAGAGCUUCCUGACGCCCAACGAGCUUUUCUUCACCCGCAACCACCUCCCGGUGCCCGCCGUGGAGCCGGGCUCCUACCGGCUGCGCGUGGAGGGGCCCGGUGGCCGCGCGUUGUCGCUGUCGCUGUCGGAGUUGCGACAGCGCUUCCCGAAGCACGAGGUGACGGCCACGCUGCAGUGCGCCGGUAACCGGAGAUCCGAGAUGAGCCGAGUCCGGCCGGUCAAGGGGCUGGCGUGGGACAUCGGCGCCAUCAGCACGGCGCGCUGGGGCGGAGCGCGGCUCCGGGACGUGCUGCUGGCCGCCGGUGUCGGCGACGACACCGGAGACGGCGAGUGGCACGUGUGCUUCGAAGGGCUGGACGCGGACGCUUCGGGGACGCCGUACGGAGCGUCCAUCCCGUUAAAACGGGCGCUGAGCGCCGAGGCCGAGGUGCUGCUGGCGUACGAGAUGAACGGGCGGGAGCUGCCGCGGGAUCACGGCUUCCCGGUGCGCGUGGUGGUGCCCGGCGUGGUCGGGGCGCGGAGCGUGAAGUGGCUGCGGAGCGUGGCGGUGUCGCCCUCCGAGAGCCCGAGCCACUGGCAGCAGAAGGACUACAAGGGGUUCUGUCCCUCCGUGGAUUGGGAUUCCGUGGAUUUCGGGGCCGCGCCCGCCAUCCAGGAGCUGCCGGUGCAGUCGGCGAUCACCGAGCCCCGGCCCGGGGCGGCCGUGCCCGCCGGGGAGCUGACGGUGAAGGGAUACGCGUGGAGCGGAGGAGGAAGGGAGGUGAUCAGGGUGGACGUGUCCCUGGACGGUGGCCGGACGUGGCGCGAGGCCGAGCUGGGCCCGCGGCCGGAGCGCGGCCGGGGCUGGGCCUGGGCGCUGUGGGAGCUGCGGGCGCCGGUGCCCGCGGGCGCCCGGCUCGACAUCGUCUGCAAGGCCGUGGACCGGAGCUACAACGUCCAGCCCGACACCGUGGGGCCCAUCUGGAACCUGCGCGGGGUCCUCAGCAACGCCUGGCACCGCGUCACUGUCACCGUCACCCGCUGAGGGACACCCCUGGGGACAGCGGGGUAUUGGGGACAGCAGGGACAGCAGGGACAGCAGGGACAUUGGGGACAUCAGAGGUACAACGUCCAGCCUGACACCGUGGGGCCCAUCUGGAACCUGCGCGGGGUCCUGAGCAAUGCCUGGCACCGCGUCACUGUCACCGUCACCCGCUGAGGGACAUCACUGGGGACAGCGGGGUAUUGGGGACAGCAGGGACAGCAGGGACAGCAGGGACUUUGGGGACAUCAGAGCUACAACGUCCAGCCCGACACCGUGGGGCCCAUCUGGAACCUGCGCGGGGUCCUCAGCAACGCCUGGCACCGCGUCACUGUCACCGUCACCCGCUGAGGGACACCCCUGGGGACAGCGGGGUAUUGGGGACAGCGGGGACAGCAGGGACAGCAGGGACAUUGGGGACAUCAGAGCUACAACGUCCAACCCGACACCGUGGGGCCCAUCUGGAACCUGCACAGGGUCCUGAGCAACGCCUGGCACCGCGUCACUGUCACCGUCACCUGCUGAGGGACAUCCUUGGGGACAGCGGGGUAUUGGGGACAGCGGGGACAGCAGGGACAGCAGGGACAUUGGGGACAUCAGAGCUACAACGUCCAACCCGACACCGUGGGGCCCAUCUGGAACCUGCGCGGGGUCCUCAGCAACGCCUGGCACCGCGUCACUGUCACCAUCACCCGCUGAGGGACAUCCUUGGGGACAUUGGGGUAUUGGGGACAGCAGGGACAGCAGGGACAGCAGGGACAUUGGGGACAUCAGAGGUACAACGUCCAGCCCGACACCGUGGGGCCCAUCUGGAACCUGCGCGGGGUGCUCAGCAACGCCUGGCACCGCGUCACUGUCACCGUCACCCGCUGAGGGACACCACUGGGGACAGCGGGGACAUUGGGGACAUCAGAGGUACAACAACCAGCCCGACACCGUGGGGCCCAUCUGGAA